AUGAUGCGACCAGCUUUGCGCACUGCGGCCGUCCCGCGUCGCGCGAUACCGGCAGCGAGGCACAGCGCAUGGGAGGCUGUAUGGAGGCAGCAGUUCAACACCAGGCGGCCGCUCUCAACGAAGCCUUCGCAGUCACCAGGCAAGACAACGGGCGCAUCGCAGUUCACGACUCGUCGUGCGUACACGUACAACUGGAGUUGGAUGACGGCUCGUCUGGAAACAAUGUUCCGAACCUCGCGCCGGGGCUUUCGUUUUUCCGCCAGAAACGGGAGCAAGGCGGACGCAACGCCCGCCAAGGAAUCGUUGUCGCUGAGUCAAAGGCUGAAGAAGCUUUCCAAGGAGUACGGCUGGUCGGCGGUAGGCGUUUAUUUUGCGUUGAGCAUUCUUGACUUUCCCUUCUGUUUCCUGCUCGUCCGAAUCGUUGGCACGGACAGAAUUGGCGAGCUCGAACACUGGUUGAUGUCCAAUAUCAAAAAAGUCAUACCUGAGUCGGUCAAGACUUGGUGGCACGACUACAGAGCGGCGUUCAAGAAAGCCGAGACCGAGCAAUUCGGCAACGACGAUAUGAGCGACACUGUCGAGAUGGCGGGAUGGGGAGUCGAGGAGGCGCAAGCGCGUAACCGAGCAGAAGCCAGCCUGGGAACCCAACUUGCGCUGGCGUACGCCAUUCACAAAAGUUUCAUCUUCCUCAGAGUGCCUUUGACUGCGGCGGUAACACCGAAGGUUGUUAAAGUGCUCAGAUCAUGGGGCUGGCAAAUCGGUAAACGGCGGAGCAAAUAA